AUGCACCGCGUCGGCACCUCUUCUGUCCGCGUCCUUCGCGCGUCAGUCCCCACGGGGACCAGGUUCAACUCUACCGAUUCUGCCAAACCGCCACCAAUUCGUCGCAGGGUUCCUCUCGAACGUUUGGGAGACAUCGUCAUCCCUAGCGCACAAGAAAUACGCAGCUUGAGGACUCGGCAAUACAAAGCCGACAUCAGCUAUCUGAAGAAUGCACCAGCCAGAAGUCUAGCAGGUCGCUUGACCCAGCUUGGUGCAGGGAAGGACGCCCAAUCUUCCGAACCAGACCAACGAGCUUCGCAAACUCAGAAAAUCCCCCCUCAAGCAAUCGCUGUGUCUCGAGAGCGCGUAGCCGCAUUGACCGCGAAGAGGCGUGAAGCCCGUUUGUCCCGGCAAGCCGGCCAGUCCAGAAUCGCCCCAAGAGCUCCUAGGAAGGCUGCCCAACCUGGAGCCACGAGUGAAUCUACAGCUGAAUCAACAUCUAUAGGGGCUGAGGAGCGGCUGAAGAAUGCUCUCGCGUCGGCGGCGAAAAGAAGAGAGGACCGUCUCCGUCGCGAAAAGCGACAACAGCAAGGCGCCUCGUCUAAGCAACUGGCAAGACGACCGAGGCGAGUUGAAGCCGCGGCUGUUCAAGUAAACGACGACUUCGAUGACAACCUCAUCAAACCCAACGAAUCAGACGAACCAGACUAUCUCCCCGAAUUCCUCGGCCCAGAGCCUAUCUCCCCUCACCUUCUAGAGACUUUGAAUUCCACUGUCAAACCUCGUACAGUUGAUCUCGUCGCGAAGGGCGGCGAGAUUAUCCUCCCUUUGUAUCGAGCUUCGCCUUUCCUCGGAGGGGAUUAUUCACCAUACGUUGGCUUGAAGCAAGAAGAUUAUUCGCAAUCGCUGGAAGAACUCGGUGCCGUGAAGCUAGCCCAAUUGACCCUGGCUCACCAGCCGGAUGUUUCAAUCCAACAGCGCCGACAUGCCCUCGACAUCGUUUCACUCUCAGUAACACCUGCUGGUAGGCAGGUGGCCAAAGCUUCCUAG